ACGAGCGGCCCCACGACUCUGCUCGCGCCGUAUGUCACAGCUGGCGUCGAAAAGGAGCUGAAGAUGGCGAAGGCGUACGUCACAGCCCAUCAGAUAGAGGAGGAAAGUAAGGAAGAAGAAUGGGAUGUCUCGGAAAGCUCCAGCUGGUCGGCGCCACCGCUCUUUUUGUGGCGGCUAAGUACGAAGAUAUCGACUGUCCGUCCGUUCAGGACAUCGUCUAUACGGUGAAUUCGGGCUAUAGCGUACAUGAGAUUCUCCAGGCUGCGCGUUUCAUGCUUAGCAUGUUGCACUUCGAGCUAGGGUGGCCCAGUCCUAUGAGCUUCCUCUACCGUAUUGGCAAGCUAUCCUGGAUGAGCGUUUUGUGAGCAGCCCUUCCAGCUUCCUAGCGGCUAGAGCGCACUUGUGCAACGGUACUCUAUCCGGGAUCCCGGCUGCUUUUUAUCGCACAUAUCCGCCUUGGGCCUGCCGUCCGUUAUCGCCCUCGC